AAUGUGGAACGAGACGCGAGGCGGACCGCUUUUACGCGCAACGUGGAGCCUUUUCCAGAAGUACUCAAAAAGUUUGUGAGCCUGUUGCGUUAUGACUGCUCGGUUGUGUGAAUGUCUCGUAGUUAGUGAAAUAGCUCUGGCUCCGGAUAAACAGAAGUGAAAGACUUAGUGCGACUGAACGUGAAUGCGUUUCUGUUUUUACGCAUCCGCGGAGACUUGAAGUAAAAUCGCACUUGCGCGUAUUUUGGAGCCCGGCGGCGCUUAACUCAGCUCCAAGAGAAGAAAACGACAAAGCACAGUGAAAAUGAGCGACAAAGACAAAAUGGAAGAUGAAGCUGUGGUGGACAGAGGAGCGUCUUACAUCAAAAACGUGUGUGAUGAAGAAGUUGAGGGUCAUCAUACAGUGUACAUCGGAGUUCACGUGCCUAAGAGUUACCGUCGCCGCCACCGACACAGACGACGGUCCAAUCCCAAAGAGAAGAGAGAACGCGUGACGGAAAACGCGAGUGACAAAUCAGACGCUGAGAAUGCAGACGACCCCGGCUCCAGCAUCCUAAAACCGCUCAUCUCUUCAGUGUCUCCAGCGGCAGAGCGGAUACGUUUUAUUUUGGGCGAGGAUGACAGCGGCCCGCCUCCGCCUCAGCUCUUCACCGAACUGGACGAACUUCUUGCUGUCGAUGGUCAAGAGAUGGAGUGGAAGGAAACCGGGAGAUGGUUAAAGUUUGAAGAGAAGGUAGAGAAGGGUGGUGAACGCUGGAGUAAACCUCACGUGGCCACGCUCUCUCUUCACUCACUGUUCCAGCUGAAGAACUGCAUCGAGAAGGGAACCAUCGUGCUGGACAUGGAGGCCAACUCGCUUCAGCAGAUCGUUGAAAUGAUUACUGACAGUCAGAUUGGGAGCGGGCAGCUAAAGGCCGAUCUAAAGGAUAUGGUCAUGUACACGCUGUUACGAAAGCAUAAGCACCAGACCAAGAAGUCCAACCUGCGUUCCCUGGCUGACAUCGGCAAAAGCGUGUCCAGCGCGAGUCGACUGUUCAGCCAUCAGGAGAAUGGUAGCCCAACCACUGCACAUCGUAACCUGACCUCCAACAGCCUCGUUGACCUCUCAGACAAACCCGAGAAAGACCAGUUGAAUAAUAAGUUCAUGAAGAAAAUCCCUCGGGACGCGGAAGCAUCGAACGUGCUGGUCGGCGAGGUGGAUUUUCUGGACACUCCCUUCGUAGCGUUCGUACGUCUUCAGCAGGCGGUGAUGUUAGGAGGUCUCACUGAGGUUCCCGUUCCCACACGAUUUCUUUUUGUUCUGCUGGGGCCUAAAGGAAAGGCCAAAUCGUACCGUGAGAUCGGCCGGGCCAUUGCCACGCUCAUGUCUGAUGAGGUGUUUCACGAUAUAGCUUACAAAGCUAAGGAUCGAGGGGACCUGCUGGCAGGCAUAGAAGAGUUUUUGGACGAAGUGAUCGUUCUGCCUCCGGGAGAAUGGGAUCCGGAUAUCAGGAUCGAACCUCCUAAAUCUGUUCCGUCUGCGGACAAGCGUAAGAACAUUCUUGCGAGCGGAUGGGACGGUUUGCAGAUGAACGGAGGGACGCCACACAACGGGGGGGACGGGGACGGCGGGGGUCACGCAGUUGGCGAAGAACUCAAAAUGACUGGCAAGUUCUGCGGUGGUCUCAUUCUGGACAUCAAAAGAAAACUUCCAUUUUUCGCCAGUGACUUUUACGACGCCCUGCACAUUCAAUCUCUGUCGGCCAUCUUGUUUAUUUACCUGGGCACCGUAACUAAUGCCAUCACCUUUGGAGGGCUGCUGGGAGAUGCUACAGAGAACAUGCAGGGUGUGUUGGAGAGUUUUCUUGGUACGGCGUUAUCUGGUGCUGUCUUCUGUCUGUUCGCCGGUCAACCUCUCACCAUCCUCAGCAGUACUGGACCCGUCCUUGUCUUUGAACGUCUGCUGUUUAACUUUAGCAAGGAUAAUGAGUUUGACUAUCUGGAGUUCCGUCUGUGGAUCGGUUUGUGGUCGGCGUUCUUGUGUCUGAUUCUGGUCGCCACAGACGCCAGUUUCUUGGUUCAGUAUUUCACCCGCUUCACAGAGGAAGGCUUCUCUGCUCUCAUCAGCUUCAUCUUCAUCUACGACUCUUUCAAGAAGAUGCUCAAACUGGCAGAUCACCAUCGCAUCAACUCAGACUUUGACAUGAAUCUCGUCACGCAGUACGGAUGCCACUGUACCCCUCCGGACGGCAACAGUUCUGCUCUUUACAUGGACAAAAUCGAAGCCCUGAUGAACAGCACCGGACAGCAGCACAUGAACGCGACGUGGGCUUCGCUGACACGCACCGAGUGUUUGGAGUGGGGCGGACAGGUGAUCGGUCCGGCCUGUGGCUACGUGCCCGACAUCACGCUGAUGUCAUUCAUCCUGUUCUUCGGCACAUACACCUGCUCCAUGGGUUUGAAGAAGUUCAAAACCAGCAGAUUUUUCCCAACUACGGUUCGCAAAAUAAUCAGUGAUUUCGCCACUAUUCUGGCCAUUAUGAUCUUCUGCGGUGUGGACGCACUGGUCGGUGUGGAUACACCCAAACUAUUAGUGCCAAGUGAAUUCAAGCCGACGAGUCCAAACCGCGGUUGGUUUGUUCCACCGUUCGGAGGAAACCCCUGGUGGGUGUACCUGGCGGCCAGUUUACCUGCUCUCCUGGUCACCAUCCUCAUCUUCAUGGACCAACAGAUCACAGCCGUCAUUGUCAACCGCAAGGAACACAAACUCAAGAAGGGAGCCGGGUACCACCUGGAUUUGUUCUGGGUGUCUAUUCUCAUGAUCUUGUGCUCCUUCAUGGCAUUGCCCUGGUACGUGGCGGCCACCGUCAUCUCCAUUGCCCACAUAGACUCGCUCAAGAUGGAAACCAAGACAUCGGCGCCUGGGGAACAGCCCAAAUUUUUGGGAGUUAGGGAGCAGAGAGUCACAGGAAUAUUUGUGUUUAUUCUGACGGGUCUUUCUGUCUUUAUGGCACCUGUUCUGAAGUUCAUUCCUAUGCCUGUCCUGUAUGGUGUGUUUCUCUAUAUGGGCGUGGCCUCUCUCAAUGGUGUACAGUUUAUGGAUCGCCUGCAGCUGUUGCUGAUGCCGGCCAAACACCAGCCAGAUCUGAUCUACUUGAGACACGUACCUCUCCGCCGCGUCCACCUCUUCACCUUCAUACAGAUCUUGUGUCUGGCUCUCCUGUGGGUGCUGAAGUCUACAGUAGCCGCCAUCAUAUUUCCCGUCAUGAUCCUUGCGUUGGUGGCCGUGAGGAAGGCCAUGGAUUACUUGUUCUCCCAGCACGAUCUCAGUUACCUGGAUGACGUCAUGCCCGAGAAAGACAAGAAGAAGAAGGAGGAUGAGAAGAAGAAGAAGAAAAAGAAAGGAUCUAUCGACAGCGAGAUGAACGACUCGGAUUUUCCAGCCAUUGAGAAUGUUCCCAGUAUAAAGAUCUCCAUGGAGAACAUGGAACAAGAGCCGAUGCUGGGGGAGAAGCCCUCAGACCGAAGUAAGCCCAUGUCCUUCCUCAGUCCCUACUGAUGGAAAACACUUCUUCUCUUCUAAGAUUGUGUCACGAGUUUAAACCCUUUUGAGAAAACUGUGCCUCAGAUUAAAAUCGAUUUGGACCCCGACAACAAGAAAUUCUUCUGGAAAACGCCAGCUUCCGAAAUGUCCCUUUAAACAUAAAACCAGUUUUAUGCUCAGAGAGGGUUUUGUCAUUCAGAGAAAAAUCGAGUUAAAUAUCCAAACGACAUUUCAACACUACAACCAAUGACUGCACAAUCACACUCACUCUUUACCAAAGAGAAAUUUGUAUUUAUUUAUUUUUUACUCCACAAUAUGUCUUUAUCUUGAUGUUUUGGUAGCAUUACUAAAUAUACAUUUUUGCGUUAUUAGAGUUAGUUUUCGGUUGUGGGUCCAGACAGAUAAGAAUCCAUUUCUGAUGGAUUAGGAACACUUUUUAACUUUUAUAACCUAGAUAUUUUAUUAAACUCUUAGAUAAAGUAUCGCAUUUUGUUUGACUAUCAGAAUGAUGUCAUAAUCAUUCUUAACAUUGAAUCGAAUUGUAAAAAUGUAAUUUGCUGUUUGAGUUUUCUUUUGGCCAACUACCGCUCUUCAUUGGCACGAGCACAUUAGAUCAAAUAGUCUAAAAAUAUCAAAGAACAAAUUUAUAUCCACCUUUUUUAUGUUCUUUAUAGCACCUUUAAAACUACAAAGAAUCCACAAUGGUGGCUAUAACAUUGUCCAUAUGAGGGAAGAUGCAGUUCAUUGAAAAAUGUUCAUCUUUCCUGCACUUAACACAACAUUUGAGUUUAAAGACGUUUAUGUUUCUUAAAACGAGAAGCGUUCGAUAUGAAUAUUAUCUUCUAGUUCUACCUCUUAACUGACUUUAGGUGCCAGGCACUCUGUGUUUGAGUGAUGCAUGUCUCAAUGCAGCAUGUUACUGAUCUCGAUCGUAAAAUCAGUGUGAUGCUGAUUUAAUGAGAAGAAUGAGAUCAUCUUGAUGAAAUUCCUGUUUGCCCUGCCGUGAACUCCAGAUCUGUUUCUCCGUUCACAAAUGACCUUCACAACAGGGUGGACACUUGCAAUGUGAUUUCAUUUCAUGAAGUUAUCGAUUAUGUGAAUUUAUGUACUUUUUUUUAAAAGAGGUAAUAAUGUUGAAAGAGACGUCUUUUUUACUGAUAUGACACGUUGACAGGUGUGAGGACUCAAUGAUAUUUAAUGUGGAACAUGGUUGCACAAUCUGACGGCAAUGAGAAAGCUAAUCCUUUUUUGGGAAAAGAAAAUAUACUGCCAUUAAGACUCCGGUUUAACACUGGCGUAUGAUUUAGACAACAUACAGCUGAAUACAAAGGUCUGAGACCACACGGAAAAUGUAUGCAUACGAUUUGAGAUUUUGACAGUGAAAUAACAAAUAGAGUGAUUUGAAUGUAAAAACACUUUCUGUUAUUUCUUUUAUCUGAUAAUGCCCUCAGUUGUAACUCUCACAAAUGGUAUUAACUUGCAAUAUAGGAGUAGUUGAACUUGUGGUCUGAGACUUUACGGUGUCACUUCUGAUCACUGAAUGAUCAACAAUCAUUAAAACUUGAAUAUAGAAACACAAGUGUUUGUACAAAGAUUUGUUGUAGCACAUCAUCUCUGAUCCAUGAUGUCUUCCAUGAGUUGUAUUUCCUUUGAUUGUAUUAAAUUGCCUGUACGUUCUUAAGGAAUGAACUAUUUCACUUUUGUAGCGCAGGGGUGAUUUUGUUGAAUAGUUUUCAGAAAUCAUGAGAUGUUUUUUUAAUCUGUUAAAUAUUUAUUAUAAUCCUCUCUCGUUUUAUUCUCUUUUAUUAUGAAGGUGACGCUACAGCCAAUAAUGAGAUUAACAGUUGAUGGCUGUUCUGUAAAAGGGAAUCAAUCACCUUGUGACCUUGUGACAUGACAGGCAAAUUAAAGCAAUUAUUAAAACUGA